AUGAGUUCCACGAUAAAGCUGGAGGACGACCCUUCAAUCAACGCAGCCCCUCUGUCAAGCACGGAUGAUGAAGAGGAAGACCGGGAAAAUCGACCACUGUUCAGACCGGCAAAACAUGAUCCGAUUGACUCAGAUAGUGAUGAUGCUCCUCCUCGAGGGAAUAUCCGAGGAACAGUAUUUCAGACGGGCCGGAAUUCUCAAGCAAGCAAUACGCGAAAAGGCGAGCAGGAAAAGUCGAAGCCGGCUUCAGGCAGGAAAACUAGAAGCGAUACACAAGCUGAGGAACCUGCCAGUUCUGCGGGUUCAAAGAGGUCCGCCGAUGAAGCACUGGGACAGAUGGACAGCCAUCUGAAAGACGAAUUCGGCUUCACAAACAAAUCGAAGGGGAAAAGAGCGCGUACCGUUGGCUACGGAUCACAGCCCAGAUCUUCACAGCCGAGAUCUUCCCAAAAGUCUACACAGAGAUCUUCAGCUCCACGGCCGGAUUCGACCAAGGGAUCUCGAAAGAAGACGUUCGUGAGGCACGAGGAUAGUGACCAGGACCCGUCGCUGUCCCAGUCUCCCGCCAAAACAGCAUUCAAGAAUGUCGACAGCUUCACUUCGGACAUGGAAGAUGGGCGUUCUCCUCGGAAGGCCGCUUUCAGGGGCGUUCCAGGCUCAUCUCCAAUGUCGAGUCCAGAAAAGCCCAAGUUCAAGCCUUCAAGUGCGCGGUGGGAUGAUUCUCCUGGAAAGCCAACACCGAGGAUGAAGAAGUAUGGCUCGGAAGACGAGGAUGCAAAUUUCAAUGGUCUACGGCCUUCCCGACCAACGAGAGCAAACAAGUCACGAGCAGCCAAGGCAAGAAACCACGUGGAAUCAUCGGAAUCACGGGUAGAAAAGUUCUCCCAGACACCAGUGUUCAAGAAGCUAGACUUUGACGAACUGGAUGAUCUGGCUGACGACGGUGCGAAGGAUCUCGUUGCGUCACAUAUUGAAGCACAAACCAACGCGGGCGAGGAGGAUGACUUCGAGGACAGUCAAUUGGUCACCGAGGCUUUUUGUCCAAUGUGUCAUCAAGUGGUUGACCGUGAGCUGCUCGAAAAGCAUUCCGACCAUGGCCGGAUGAACAUCAAGAAGCAAGCUGCGUUCUGCCGACUGCACAAACGGAAGGCGGCAAUGAGUUCUGGGACUGAUAAGGGAUAUCCCGAGAUUGACUGGGACACGAUGGCCGACCGUUGCAGCCGACAUCAAGACUUCCUAAGGAGCAUCCUUGAAGGAACGCAGUCAUCGUAUUACCGUGACGUUUUGAAGGAAAAGGUCCACUCUGGAAAGAAUCGGACCUUGUUGAAAACCGACGACAGUCUCAUUCCAGGAUACUACGGACCUCGAGGGCUGCGCAUCAUGACAGAGUAUAUCAUGCGUACCCUGUCGUCUGUGGUCCGGAAGCGUGCGGUUGAGGACAGGCUCGUUUCCGCGAGAGGUUACACGGGAUACGUGCAGGCGGUCCUCGUGCCCGAACUGACCGUCCGCCUGAUCAUGGAGGACAUGAGUGUCACAGAGCUGGCUGCCAGACAGACCAUGCAGGACAGCGUUGAGGUCGGGGAGCUGUUGUACGAGGACGCCGAGGAUGUUAUCACGAAUCUGAGCGAGGACGAGAAUUCCGAGGAUUGA